AUGCCCGGACAAAAACGGGGAAGAUUCGAAUCUUCGUCAUCUUGCCGAAAUGGUUGCCCAGCUUGGGCCUCCACCCAAACACUUCUUGCAACAAGUGACUAUGCCUCUAAAUUUUUGGAUGACGACGGUGACUUGAAAGGGGGUUUCGAAAUACCUCCAGUAUCCUUGGAAGGCAUUGAAAAGAAUUUACAGGGUUCUAACAAAAAGCUAUUCCUCCAGUUUAUGCAGAACACGCUCCACUGGGCUCCGGCAGCCAGGUCUACAGAGAAGUCGCAUGAUUUCCGAUCAACGAAAGAUCACAUUUUUCGACAGGAGACGUCCUAA